AUGCCGGUUGACAGUGCUCCAGUUUCCGGCCAAACUAUUUGUGUCACCGGCGCCGGUGGCUUCAUAGCUUCAUGGAUGGUUAAGCUUCUCCUCGAAAGAGGGUACAAUGUUAAAGGAACAGUCCGAAAUCCUGAUGAUCCGAAGAAUGGCCAUUUGAGGGAGCUUGAAGGAGCAAAAGAAAGAUUGACUUUAUGCAAAGCUGAUCUUCUUGAUUAUGAGAGUCUUAAAGAUGCCAUUAAUGGGUGUGAUGGAGUUUUCCAUUCUGCUUCGCCUGUGACAGAUGAUCCAGAACAAAUGGUGGAGCCAGCGGUGAUUGGAACUAAGAAUGUGAUUGUUGCUGCGGCCGAGGCCAAAGUCCGGCGUGUAGUGUUCACAUCCUCGAUUGGUGCUGUAUACAUGGACCCCAAUCGGAGCCCUGAUGUUGUGGUUGAUGAGUCUUGCUGGAGCGACCUUGAGUUCUGCAAGAACACCAAGAUGGAAGAGAAGCUUUACAAUCCUUCAUCAGAUGCCCUGGCUGCCGACAUCUAUAACAGACAUUACGGCCCAACUCUCUCAGGCACUCUCCCGGAUGAGUCCUCCCAUACUUAG